UUUAUUUUGUAAUAGUAACGAAGUAAGCGGAAAACUAAAAAAUGGCACGGUAUGAAUCAGAAAAUAUACCGAUGGAAAAUAUUGGGUAUACUGACUCUCGACACUGGGCAAUAUUUGAGCAGUGUGACACUGACAAAAAUGGAUAUAUUACUGUGGACGAAUUGGCAGUAUUUAUCUCCACUCAUGAAACAUCCUGUAACUUUAUUCCCCGUCGAGUUAUAAAAAAAAUUUACCAGAACGCUGAUAAAGAUAAAGAUCAGAAGCUCAGUUUUCAAGAAUUUGUAAAUCUUGUUGAAAGUCAAGAUUUUCAAUCUUUAGUACAUAAAUGUAUCACUACAUAUGUCCAUCACCUAAUACCACAUCCCAAACAGGAAAUAAGCCUCCGUUCAGCUCGAAGUGGCGACACACCAUAUUACUUAAAAAGAAGUGGCGAUCAAGAAGGAGCCGACCUUUGCGAUGAAUACUCAUGCUUUCCUCCGCCUGUUUUUAUGUUACUUAUUUCUAUACUCGAAUUUGCUUUAUUCAUAACAGAUGAACUAACACAGGAAGGAUCUUCACUAACUGCAACCGGCGUUACCGGUCGAUAUCUUCUCUACGAUCCAGACAAGAAAAAAGAAAUAUGGAGAUUCGUGACGUACAUGUUUGUACAUAUUGGAUAUAAUCAUAUAAUAACGAAUCUCGUUGUACAAUUGGCACUCGGAAUACCAUUAGAAAUGGUUAACAAAUGGUGGAGGGUUUUGCUCAUAUAUUUUUUGGGAGGAAUCGCCGGAAGCCUUGCACAUUCUAUAAUAGACGGGGAAAUUCGUUUGGGCGGUGCCAGUGGAGGUGUAUAUGCUCUUAUGACAGCACAUUUGGCUCAAGUGAUAAUGAAUUGGGACAGUUUACGAUUUGCAUCAGUGCAGCUUGUGGUUUUUGGACUAAUAAUAUCAAUCGAUUUGGGCACAGCGUCUUACCAACGGUACUACUUACAGGAAUUAAAUGGAAUUGGUGUUACCUGUCAUUUGGGCGGGGCUCUAGCUGGACUUCUAGUUGGAAUAUAUGUUUUAAGAAAUAUACACCAAACGACAUUAGAAAAGUACAUCUGGUGGGCGGCUUUAGUUCUUUAUAUAUUUCUAAUGAUAGGGGCAAUUGUUGCCACAAUAGUGAUAUAGUUUAAGCUCUUAUAUAUUUGAUAUUUUAUAAUAUACAUCAUUUUAGUUCAAA